AUGGGUUCGUUAGGUUCACAUCAUUUUCCAGUCAUCGUCAUUGGAGGGGGUCCAGUGGGCUUUGUCACGGCCAUAAACAUCGCGAGAAACGGUGUGAAGGUUGCGGUGCUCGAAAAGGGACCCAGGAUUGACCAGAGCCCAAGAGCAACCUCCUAUCAGCCAUGUGUGCUGGCAGAGAUGCAGGAGUGCGGGAUCCUCGAGGACGUGACUAGGAAAGCGGUGGUGAACAACAUUCUAUCUUUCUGGGUUGGUGAAGGCCCGGAGAAAAAGAGGGUCGCAUACGUCGAAAAGCUCGAGGGUGGCAAAAAUUUCCCCGCCGGCUUGAAUUGUGGCCAGCCCGUGCUGACAGAGACUGUGAUGCAUCAUCUUCUCAACAAUUACGACGCUGAUGUCUGUUUCAAUCAGCAGGUGGAAGAUGUCUACCAGGAUUCCACCCUCGUCACUGUGCUCUGCAAAGAUCCGACAACUGACAAGGUCACGAGAUACACGUGCGAUUACCUUGUCGGGGCUGACGGAGCUGGUAGCAUGGUAAGGGAAUGUCUGGGGAUUGAAUUUGAGGGCUUUUCGUGGCCCAAGGAGGACUUCUGCGCGUCCAACAUCCGAUAUCCCUUCGAUAAAUACGGUUUCACUACGGCUAACUUCGUCCUCCACGACGUUCAUUGGGGUGUCAUCACGGUCAUCGAUGAUACCGGUCUCUGGCGUUGUGCCUUUGGCAUCAAGCCCGGAAUGACCAACGAACAGGUCCGCGAGGAGCUAGACGAGCACUACAAAUAUAUCCUUCCCGGUUGGCCGGGCGAGGGCUACGAAUUGGUGCAACUCAAUCGAUACAAGCCCCACCAACGCUGUGCGAAGCAGUAUCGGAAAGGACGCUGCUUCCUCGCCGGCGACGCCGCACAUAGCAAUAACCCUAUUGGCGGACUCGGUCUAACCACUGGAAUUCUGGACGCCGGUCCGCUGGGCCGGGGGCUGGCGGCAGUGGUGAAGGGUGAGGCGCCAGAGUCAAUCCUUGAUAAGUGGGCCGAAGCCCGACGACAUAAGUGGCUGACCUAUACCAACGAGUUUUCCAUCGAGAACAAGAGAAUGGUGCAGCGAGGCGGGUACAGUCCUGACCCAGCCGGGAUCUGGAAAAAGGACGAAGUCUCCCGCGCACAUGGAAUGGACAAGUGGAUUGAGAAGGCGACCGCGAGCAAAGAGGGUGAAGACUUGGCCUUGUUUGAACAACUGAAAGACCGUGAGCUGCAACUCCAAAACCGUAUGAAGCAGUGGGAAAUCACCAUUGACCCAUUGUGGAUGGCGGAAUAUGAACACCCAGACAUCGUGAAAGCCCGAAUGGCUCUUCGGCCUGAAGGCCUCACGCCAAGUUCCACUACGCCUCUAAGCAGCGUCACAGGCGUAUCUAUUCAACCUAAAGAAUAG